AUGACAAGGCAGCUGGAUGUUGAGAACAUUAGGUCACAUGAUGUGAUAAUUGAGGAGGAAUCAAAUGUUCUUUUUAAUGUAGAAGUGGAGGUACAAUGUGUGAAUCAGGAAGUAAAUGGUAUUGAACGGGUGAAAAGUAGAGAGGGAAUAGGAAUGGAGUUGGACCAGGAAGUUGAGGUGCCAGUUGUGAAGUUGAAGAAGAAGAAAAGAGGUGCUAAUAAGCAUAUCUGUGAGACGCAUCCUGAUAUGUUGGCUAUUUUGGAACCGUUUAUUGAGGAGUGCCAUAUACAAAAAUGGGCAAGGAAGUUGAAGUUUGCAAGUUUUAUGUCUAAUCAACAACAGGAAGGAAACAUAUGGGUGUUCUGGCAGAAGAAUGUAUCUAUGCAAUUGGUUUCUAGUACAAAGCAACAUAUUUCUGGUAUAUAUAAGAAAUGUGAGAAGGAGAUGCUAUUAUCGUUUAUAUAUGCGAGUUGUUUUCAAGCUGGGAGGGUUCAUCUUUGGCGAGAAUUGGAGUUGAUUCAAAGACAAGAUAUUCCUUGGGUGGUUGGAGGGGAUUUUAAUGUCAUCCGAGAUGAUCAUGAAAAAAUUGGAGGACUCUUAAAAUCACAGGGUGUUAAAGAUGAUUUCAAUCACUGUAUAAUAAAUUGUGGCUUCAUGGAACCGCAAGAAGAAGGUUCAAAAUAUUCGUGGUGUAAUGGGCAAGAAGGGCGUGGCCAUAUAUGGGAAAAGUUAGAUCUAAUCCUGUUCCGAGAGGUAGUGGUCAAGAGCUGGGAGGUGCCGACAAAUUUUGAUGGUCUUCAGAAUCUGGCCGUUAAGUUGAAACGUCUAAAGCAAUCAUUAAAGGUGUGGAAUUGCAUGUCCUUUGGGAAUAUUUUUGCUAAUAUUUCACGAUGGGAAGACCGAAAAAUUCAACUGGAAGGAAAGAUUCUUGAGAUGGGAAAAGCAGAGGAUGAGAUUCUUUUACAGGAAGCUCGGAAGGGGUUGCAUGAGUGGCUUCCUAAAGAAGAAAUUUUCAUGGCUCAAAAGGCUAAAGCGAAAUGGAUAAAAUAA